AUGGGCAAGGACGGCCUGAGCGACGACCAGGUGUCAUCGAUGAAGGAGGCCUUCACGCUCUUCGACACCAACGGCGACGGCAAAAUCGCGCCGACCGAGCUCGGGAUCCUCAUGCGAUCGCUCGGCGGGAACCCGACCCAAGCCCAGCUGAAAUCAAUCACCGCCUCCGAAAACCUAACCGCUCCGUUCGAUUUCGACCGGUUUUUGGAUCUCAUGGCGAAGCACCUGAAGACGGAGCCUUUCGAUCGCCAGCUCCGCGACGCCUUCAAGGUGCUCGACAAGGAAGGCACUGGGUUCGUGGCAGUGGCGGAUCUGAGGCAUAUCUUGACAAGUAUCGGGGAGAAGCUGGAGCCUAACGAGUUUGAUGAGUGGAUCAAGGAGGUGGAUGUGGGGUCCGAUGGGAAGAUCAAGUAUGAGGAUUUCAUUGCCAGGAUGGUUGCUAAGUGAGAUCUAAUUUGCUUUAAAGUUUGAAUUUUUUUUUGAAGUUUGGGUUUGUUGACUUGGGAUUAGUACUAACUUUACUUUGUUGUUCCCUUUCUAAAGGAAAUGUUGUGUGGUGUUGAUUCCUACUUUUUUUUUUUUUUUUUAAUUCUAAGAAUGUUUAAUCUCUCGAAAAGUUUCACUCUUGUGCCUUUUUGUUCACUUUUAGCUCUUUUAAUGUCAAAAUGUGCCUGGUCUGGAUUCAUGUGUUGGUCUCUUGCUCCGCAUCAUAUAGAACUUCGAAUUUGUUUAUAAGAUAUUGUGUUUCUCUUAA